CAGGAUAUUAGGAAGGAAGGAUCAGAUAGAGGGGAGGGUUAUAUAUUUUAUUUCUGCAAUUGGACUUAUAUUUCAGACAUUGGGCCGCCGCUGAGCUCCGGGAGGGCAAUGUGACCAACUGCAACACCAGAGCUUAGUGGGGCACCUGCUUGGCAGCCUCGUCCUCUGGGGCAAGAAGGUUCCAUUCUGCACCAUCGGCUUUCAGUUGCAAUGUCUCCAUUGAUGGCAGUGAUCUUAACCAUAGCGGCAAUAGAAAGUAAGGGAGCUUCAGGCAAACCUGUGGUUUCCUUCUCCCCUAACUGGGCCACCAUCCUCACCUACGAGUCCAUCACUCUCACCUGCGAUGUGGGUUCUCCUGCCCAAAGGGACCAGAGGUUUACUUGGUACCGAAACCAUCGCAGCCUAAACAUUAACGAGCAAAGCUAUACAGUAAAGUAUGCCGAGCAGGAGCACAUUGGGGAUUAUCAGUGCCGGGCCGGAACCGGAGAUAUCAGUGAAGCUGUUCGACUGGAAGUCAGUGGUGCCCAUGUGAUCCUGCAGGCACCACCCAUGGUUUUUGAAGGAGAUACUCUGUCUCUGAGAUGUCACAGCUAUGACAAAUACCCCGCGUCAGAAACAAAGUUCUACAAGGAUCACAAGGAGAUCAAGAGCUUGGGCACGGCCUCGGAAUUCCUAAUGGGCAAAGUAAAUGCGGAAAUGAGUGGGUUAUACAAAUGUUCCAGGAGAAUAAUGUAUCAUUCCUCUUUACAUAAUUACUCCGACCAAGUGGACAUUUCCAUGCAAGAGCUGUUCAGUUCCCCACAAAUCAAAGUGAGGCCAGAUCAGGUGACAGAAGGGGAUCACAUGACCAUAACAUGUGACACAAAGCUCAACCCACGCAGAGCGACGACAGAGCUGCAGUUUGCUUUCUACAGAAAUGGGCACAAUGUGCAGGGAUUCAGUUUAUCCAACCAAUACGGAGUCCCCUCAGUUCAGCUGGAGGAUUCUGGGAAUUAUAUCUGUGAGGUACAGACUCCCACCGGAAGUGUGAGGAAGAGGAGCACUGGGGUGCAAAUGCAGUUAUAUGGGGCUGCACGUAUAUAUUGGAUUAUCAUUGGAUUAUCUCUGCUCUCCAUCCUUCUCAUUGGCGCUGCCCUCACCUACAAAUACAGGCACAGCCUGGCACUGCCCCUCCUCUGUAACUGCCUCCGUCAUCACAAACAAGGUAGUGACAGUUCAACUGCCCUGGUCAGGUUGCCUAACGAAGAGAUGGGCGGGCCGGAGGCAGAGAAUCUCAGGGCUUCCGAGGAGUUCCCAGAGUAUGGCAAUUUGCCUCUCAGAGCCGCGGCUACAGAAGAAGAAGAUGUCUGUUACAGCCAUAUUAAUAGCGGCCAGCUACACCGAGUCUUUUCAUCUGCAACCUAUAGACCUGACGACUGCUCAGUAAUUUACUGUGUUGUGAAGCCAACGGAACCCUGGGAGAACACGUCGGCGCAAGUGUCAGUCUGCUAAGGCGCUAAUAUUAUAGGGACCUUAUACAGAGCAGCUAUCGAUGAAGACGUAAGACAUUCUCAUUGUAUAUAGGUGGGACCCAAAGGUACUGACUUACUGAAGUAUUACAGCACACUGAGAAGAAACAAAGGAUUAUGGGAAAUCUGUGAUUCUCAUUAAAGAUAACCCAACGUUGUGUAAAUAGUUCAAAUAUGAGUUGCUUGGUACCACAAUGAAGCCUUCACAGAAACUGGGGCAAAAGAAGAAAUAAAAUGUUUCUGUUGAGUUCUACAAUGAUCCGGGGGAUUAUAUAGUUUAACUGUACAUUAAAUCUCUAUCUUUCUCUUACUAACAAUACAAAUUACAAUCAGCCAUUAUACAAGAUGUGUUUGUUCCUACAGGAAAGCCAUUAUUAAUACAGUUUAUGCUUCUUGAUCGUUUUCUUCCAUUGUCUCUCAAUAUUAAAGAUACUCAAAACUGCUCUCUGAA